CGACACCCACUUUUAUUAGUUUGGGGGCGUUAAAACAAAAGGACAUUUGCAGACAGCAUACGCUCACAUCCUCAACCGGGAAGUCAUCAAAAAGUUUUGACACAAAAUGUCGGCGUCGUUAAAAUGUUGUUUAUUUUGUUUUCCCCAAACCAGAGCGCUUUAUGACACGGCUCGCGAAUUGACCUCCAACUGUGUACUAAAACCAAAAAUAAUUUUGAUUGACAUUGUUCGGUAUUAAUUCAACAAUACAAUGCACUAACAUUUUUUAUAAUUGUGGUUGCACUUCUCGCCCUUAAACUUCCAUUGCUACGAAAACCCCACUUGAUUGUCUUAAGCUGUUGUAUUGGAGCCAAUCAGAUGUGCAGCGUUCUCAUCUAUGUGUGCGUCUUAUAUAUUAUGUAUGUUACAUAUUAAUGUAAAAUGAUGAAAUGAGUAAUGUAACUCAGGAAACCAAAAUAUUAGAAACAGUUCCAGAUGAUUCACUGCAGCUCAGUCUACACCACUGCAAACUACAACCAUCAUAAGUACAGUAUGUAGUAUAAAUACCAUCAUUAUUUAUUUUUCUUAAAUGUCAUUACCUUUUUGUUAAAUGACUACCUCUCUGACUGUCAAUCAAAACCGAGUAUUAUUGUCUUUGUAGUGCAGAUCUAUUUAUGAAAUGCAACUCGUGUUGGAUCUCAUUAAAUUGAGCAGAGGAAGCUAAUGUGAUGUGUGACUGGUGAGUGGAAAAACCUCACUUGCCGGCCAAAAUGCUCAGGUUUAAUAAAUUAUGAUGCACAACUCUAAUGCCUUGAAUGUUGGAAAUGUCAGCCUACCACUGCCAUGUCAAGCUACACAAAUAGAGCAUACUAUACCUCUAGUUUUUUUCACUAUCAUUGUAUUCUGCCCAGCAGGUUCAACACGAAAACAGCCUGCACGCAGUGAAAAGGUGCAUUACAGCACGAGAACAGAAAGACGAACGAGUGGAAAAGUGACAAAUAAGAAGCACAACUCUCUCCUCUCUCACCAGACGACAUGGCUAAUGCCGGGGACGUGGAGACUGCAGCUCUGUCAGACUUGGAGGUCAUCUCCCAGCAGGUGGACGAUGAGAACCAAUGCUUGGCACCUCCGGUCCAGCUGGUGAGUUUCGGCUACCGAGACCUUCCCCUCGCAGCAUUGGACCUCUCGCUGGCUGGCUCGCAGCUCCUUUCCAACACUGACGAAGAUGAAACCAGGGAAGGGUCCAACUGGCUGAAGCCUUGCUGUGGCCGUCGAGUGGCCCUGUGGCAAGUCUGUCUCCUCAGUGCCGGCUUCAACUGCGUCCUGGUGGCCUGCGUCAUCCUGGUGGUGCUCUUCCUCUCCUUAGAGCUGCUCAUCGACACCAAGCUCCUUCAAUUUACCAAUGCUUUCCAGUUUGCCAGCAUCAUCCACUGGAUCAGUCUCAUCAUCCUCUCACUUUUCUUUUCAGAGACUGUCUUCAGAAUUGUAGUCCUCGGGAUCUGGGAUUACAUAGAAAACAAAGUAGAGGUGUUUGACGGCGCCGUCAUCGUGUUGUCCCUGGCCCCCAUGGUGGCCUCUACGGUGGCCAACGGGCCCAGCAGCCCCUGGGACGCCAUCAGCCUCAUCAUUACCCUGCGCAUCUGGAGGGUGAAGAGGAUCAUCGAUGCUUACGUGCUCCAAGUCAAAGUUGAGAUGGAGCUGGAGAUCCAACAGUGUGAGAAGACCAAGGCAGUGCGAGAGGAGCAGCUGGAGCGUCUCACUCAGAUCUGCCAGGAACAGGCGUUUGAGAUCAGGCAGCUGCGGGCCCACCUGGCCCAGCAAGACCUGGACCUGGCGGCGGAGCGCGAGGCGGCAAUGCAGAUCCACCGCGUGUGGGCGAAGCAGGGCAGGAGUUUCCAGGUAGUGGAGGGCUCGACUCCUGGAGAGUCUGACGACGAGGGCGCUCACAGGAACCCCAGAGAGCUGCACAACACUGCAGAUCCAGUUGUACGUGAUGACAUGAACAACUAUAUCAGCCAGUACUACAGUGAAGCAAGCGGUGAUGGCAGGACUUGUGGCUUAGGGACCCACGUCGUCACCACAGCCGCCAUCGACAUCCACCUCCCGACCAAUCACAUCCAGUCCAACUCCACUCGUGACCUGAACCUGAACUACAGCUCCCACCGCUGCUGUCCCUCUUCCUUCUCAGGCCAGGACCAGAGCACGGUGGUCCAGGAGCUCCUCUCGUCUCUUUCUGAGGACUCCUGCCUCGCUCAGAAGGGCCUGACGGUGGACCCGGUCAACCUUAACCUCCCCAGUCCCACUGGUUCUGAGAAGGCUAGCCCAGAGCUGGACAACAGAAUAAAGGUGUUCAACCACAGGAACCACCAGGAGAGGCGUGCACUAGGGGGGCGAGGUUGCGUCCUGCUGCAAACUAAGCCGCUCAUCCACCUGCAGGGGGGCGCCACCGAGCCCUCGCUGGAGGAGAAGUAUCGUCUCUUGGGUCCGGCCGACACACCUCUGGGCCACAUGUCGGACACAUAACACAUUUCCAUCUGCACAAUAUGGAAACUUGAACCUCGUGAGAGCAACACUAAACCCCGCUGCACACUGAGCGAUGCGUCCAAACCCGACUGAACUGUUGUGCCGUGUUUUUCGUUUUCAUGAAUGGCCAAUUGUCGGCUCAUGAAAACAAAAACAAAAAUUUUGCUGAGAUUUGAGUUGCAGGUGACUGGCGUCGCAACGUUCCGGAUCCCAGUCACAUCCAUUCAAAAAUGCCAUGUUGUCUCACAUGAGCUUUCGUAAUAAAAAUUACAUUUGCGUGUUUUAAGCGAGAUCGCUGCCAAGCUGUACCAAUACAGUGCAUACUGUGUAUAUGUAUUUUUUUACAAUAAUAUUCAUAAUUUCAUUUUUUUUGUUUGUCCUGUUCGGCUGUUAGGUCAAGCAGAAUGGAAAAUCUGUAUCCCUUUUAUGCCGGAACAGUGUUUAAGUUUCCGCUGUGGUAUUAUAAUUGAGGUUUAUUGAGAAUCAGACUUGAUCAGUCGAACAGAACAAAGUUUCUAGAAGGGAGAGAGAAACAAACACAAAAGACAAAGCGCUAAUUGUAAACAGGAUGAGAGAAGUAAAUCAUUACAUUAUCUACAACAAUGAAACAUUAAAUAUGAGUGUGGGGCUGUAGUGCUACACCCUGUGAGGGAAGGACAGGACAAGAUAGAACAGGAAAAGGACAGGAGAAGAAGCAUGCAGGACAAGGGUCGUGAACCCGGCUGUACAACUGAAGUGUGGCGGCAUUAAUUAUGUAAAUUAUAAAAGUCUACAGGACGAGAGUAUAAGUGAGGGGAUACACAAGCGAUUUGCAUAUUCAUGAGUUAUUUGUCGCAGUAAGUGCGUGACCACACACCCAAUGAAUGAGUGCUAGGGGUGUGUGCCUACGGAUACAUGCAAGUGAAUUGACACCGUUUUACAUGCACAAAGACUGACAGAAGUGUCCUGUAAUUGCUGUGGCCGCACCGCGGAGGCUGAGGACCCCACCCAAUCAAUCGAGGGGCGGGAUCAGGCCCAGGGGUCCACCCGAGAGCAGCCCGGCGGACUUGUCCCACACCGAGGGACCCAGGGAGGUCCGCCGGCCCCACCGUGGCGCCCCGACAACUGGCCAACCGGUGGGGGCCGCAGGGACCCAAUUCCACCCCCUCCCCAGCCAACACCACCCACCGCCCCACACGUAAUUAAUUGAAUUUCAUUUCAUAUGUAGCCUUGCUUUGACUAAAAGGCAAAGCAUGGAUAGUCUCUGUUGCUGAACUAGAUGAGUGCAGUCAAUGCAACGUUUUCACUGCCCGCUCGCCAUCUCGCCAAUGGCGAAUUGAAACAGGAUGUGGCGAUGUCACUAUUUCCCACGUUAGCCACGCUAAUUGAAUCAAACUCACUCGUGUCAAAAGCCCUGCGUGAUAAAAGUUAGUGAGUGCGCUCAUUCUGGAGUGUGUGAACCGUGUUAGUGGUUUAGUCCCCCCCCUUUUUGUAAAAUGCUUCAAUCCACCGUCCAUCCGCUGCUGGCUCAGCAGACAGGCUCACGGGCUUUCCCAGAUGCGGGGGAGCGGCGCUUCAGGGAAUAGAAGACCCCCAUACCGCUUGCCGCCGAAUUUAAGCACAUUACCGCGACGUACGUUUGAAGUGUCGAUGGUCAAUGUGUCCUGCAAUACACAUUAGUUCUCGCAGCGAUCUAGCUUUCUUCUUUAUCAAUGCACGAGGCGCUAAUCCCAGUUUGGUUGCCAUGCCGAGCGUCAUCGUCACUGGCUCAGCCCAGGGCCGUAGCUAGUCAUUUGGGGGCCCAAGGCAAGCACAGUCCCGGAGCCCCCCCACAUUCACAUUAACUCAAGUAUUGUACUUUAGAUCAAUUUUGACAAAAGGUGAGUUAUUCAAUUUAGACCACAUUGUCCUGCUUUUGAAAUCUGUUACAAUUAUCUGACAGCUUAAGAUUUUGAAUCAGAAUUUUUAUCUUCAACUAAAAAAUUGGAAUUUUAGAAAAGUCUCAUUUCAUGAGCGAGAUAGUCUUUAAGAUCCUUGAGGAUAAUUAAAAAAAACACGUGAAUUAUAUCAACACUUUAACUGUAACUGCUCAGAACAUUAAUCAAAAUUUAAAAGUUAAAUAUUUCAACCGCUUUUAUACUUUAUACUUUUUAUACAAUAAAAAAAAAAAAAAUACAUAUGCGGCGGCUUAAAACAUUGCUUUCCGAGAAGAACACCAGCAAGUUAUGUAAACGAGGGUCAAUGGCCUGGUGUGCGGGUGCGAGUCGUGGGUUUUGUUUUUUUCGCGGUUGUCCAGUUCAGUCGCAUUCGGCCGCGUCGCUCAGUAUGUGGCGGGCCUAAUCAUCCACGAGUUGAUCUGUCUUCGGAGAGGACCUAUCAGAAUCUUUUCCCAGAUCUCCAACAUUCCCUGGUUCUUCAUGAUGGAUGUGAGGAGGAGGAGUGAUGCCCGCGUAUAGCACAACAAAUGCAGCAAACCCCAUCAAGGUGGACUUCAGGGAUGGGCAUAAGAUUAUGUUUUGAUUAAAUUGAGGAAAAAUGGAGUGCGCUACUUGACUGGUUCAUUCUCAAUUAGUUUGCUGUUUAAAGGAUAAAACAACUCACACCAGGCGAUUCGAACUGUGCCUGACUUCAGGGCAAGUCCCCCAAACCCCAAGUGACACCGCUGGCCAGUCACACUUCUCUCAGUUUUGACCCGUUCAACAGUGCCGUCACUUCAUUGUACAACAGAUUAUGGGCAAAGCUCCUGAUUUAAGUCAUUAUUUCUACUGGUUCUGUUGUGCAAGCUAGCUGUUAUUCUGAAUAACUGGUGAGAGGAGCAUUGAUUAUAUGACACGUACAUUGUCCAUUUUCCUGUGCCUGAUUUUUUAAUUACUUGGUGGGUUAUUUUGAGUCAUUGUUUAUUUCUAUUGUGCAAGGUGACAAUUACUAUUAUUAACUGGAGAGAGGAGCGAUCGCAAUCAUAAAACUUAGAUUCCCCAACGUAGACGUGCCGAUACGUGACAGAACGUGCAGUGGACUUAUUUUUUCCCUUUGUGGAUUAUAUCUAGUCAACUUCUUUAGUUCUUAUGUACAUGGUAAAAGUUAUCAUGAAUAACCUGCGAGAGUAUUUUAAUAACCUGGGGGAUUAUUAUUAAUAAAUGGUGAGAGGAGCGGUCGCAUUAAUUAUGACGAGUACAUUGUGCGCCGUAGACGUUUUGACCGUGUGGAUUAUUUUUAGUCGUGUUUAUUUCUAUUGUGCAAGGUAACAAUUAUCAUGAAAGACCUGUGAGAGCAUAUGACGCGCGCUCGUGCCCUCUGAGUGACCGAACACAUUUUUUUACUCAGUGCAUUAUUUCAAGUCAUUCUGUUUAUUUCUAUUGUGCGCUGUGGCAGUGAUCAUGACUAAUUGGCAAUGAACGAGCGCAUUACAGUAAUCGCAAGACAUGCCUGUGUUGCGGGUGCACGUUUCCUUGCGUGUAUAGACUUUUUGGACUGUGGAUUAUUUGUAGUUCUGUUUAUUUCUGUUGUGCACUGUGGUGGUUAUCAUGACUGAAUAAUUAUUAAUAAUACUGGAAUUAGGACUUCAGGGGUCAAGUGGGUACAUGCACGGUUCGAAUAGCCCUGUGUGAGUACAUCCGAAGGCCUAAAUCUACACAGACCUUUUCCCCGGCCAGCAUUAUUCUACUACUACAAGAAUAUUUAUAGAUUAGAUAUUAUAUUGAAUUGAUAAUGAAUUUUCCCCGUAGUCCAAUGCCCGCCCUUAGUGGACUUGAAUGUGUUACUGAGCACAUCCUUGAUCAGGAAUCGUCACUUUGAACGGCUCCUAAAGGCACUGAACUUUGUACCAAUCAAAACCAGCAAAGGGGCCGUUUAAGCCUUCAACGGACCUCAUUGGUCAUUAUUCCAAACAAACAAAGAUGCUCUUCCUCCAACUUCGAAUUUCCAACAGUUAAAAAGAGAGGCUUUUUUUCAAUAGCAUUUGAUUUGUUUUUUUAUUUCUAUGAUCAAUUUUUAUCUACCAUGCUCUUAAUUUCCUAAAGGAGACACAGGGUACAUGACUGGAUUCAUUAACAAAUGACUUUUUUGUAUCAUUUAUGAACCAUGACACGAUUUUUACGUACAGUACACUUUUUCUUGUUAUUGUUGAAUUAAAAAAGUCAUUGGGCGAAAUGUUUGAUUGGAGUCAAAAGUUAGUACGUUUUUAAGUGAGACUAAUUUUUAAUAAAAUGAGAGUGUUUGUAGCAUGAUCCUUUAAAAUGGUGAGCAAAUUCUUUUGCACUUUAACGUUUACAGACACUUUUGUAAACUUGAUAUACUUGGGGAUGACAGGGGUAGAGGUUGGGGGGUGGAUAUCAUUGCCAAUACAGGUGUUGUCAUUUCAUGAAAAAUAGCAACAAUAAACCAUUAGUUUACCUUACCUGCUCUCUGUUUAAUGACUAUCAUUGAAGUGUUUCAGAUGUAAACUGCUGUGUUGGAAUAUGAAUUAAA